CUCCUCCCCGGUCCUCCCCCCCGGCCGUGUGCUCCGUCAGCCCCGCAGUCUUCUCCUUCCACUCCAGCCCGACUGUUUCCCACGCCUCCGCACGGAGAGCCUCCUCUGAAUCAACAAAAAGAGAGAAAAAUGCCAAAAGUGACGAAUUAAAACACCGAAACCGGGAAUUAUGCAUAUGUUAUGCUGCAUUUACGAACAGGAAUCAAAUCAGGGAAUCCUCCACUUUUUCUGGACUAACUGCAGACACGUAAACUUUGUGAACGGAGUGCGAGCUGUUAAUAAGUGACUUCUGAGAGCAGUUUAAACCCUUUGGAUUGUUUAUUGCCUCUGCACUGCUUUAUGGACUCCUUUCUCGGGGAUUAUUCGCUCGGGGAGGACUUCUUCUGCUUCUUCUUCUUCUUCUUCAGGAUUUCGAAGCCAGAAAGCGUCGUGUCAGUGAACGCAUCAGCUGUUGCAGCUAACGUCCCAACAUGCCGCAGCUAAACGGAGCAGACGGAGACGACCUGGGAGCUAACGAUGAGCUGAUCGCCUUUAAAGACGAAGGAGAGCAGGAGGAGAAGAGGAAUGUGUCCGCGGGACGAGACCUGGACGAUGUCAAGUCCUCUCUGGUCAACGAGUCCGAGACCAACAGCAGCUCAGACUCGGAGGCAGACAGACGCCCAAAGAUAAACCCAGACCUUGAGACCAGAGCCAGACAAAGUCUGCUGUUUGAAGAAGCUCUGAGGAGGCGGCAGGAUGGCGGCCUCUUCACGCCCUCGCCGUAUGUCGGGUAUCCCUUCUUCAUGUUCCCUGAUCUCUGCAAUCCCUACCUCGCCACGCCGGGCGCCAGGACGUAUCUCCCGUUUCAGUGGCCUCUGCUUGACGUCCCCCGAAGAGCCACUAUGAGAGACUCUGCUACUCCCUCACACCUGUCCAACAACGUGCAGCUGGUGCAGCACCCUCACAUGUCACACCUGCACCCUCUGCUGUCCUACAGCCCCGAGCCCUUCUCUCCUCAGAGGGCCUCACCCGGCUUCUCACCUGACUCAGCAGCAGGCAUGUCGAGGACGCCCCACACCCCCUGCUACCCGGUCUCACCAGGAGGAAUGGCUCAGAUCCCCGCCCCCUUCGGAUGGCUGCAGGGACAGUCUUUGUAUCCCAUCACGGGGGGGUUCUCACCUGCUGCUCUCGCCAUGAAUGCCCCCAUGUCCAGCUUCUCUCCACGUCUGAUGCAGACCCCCCAGUCGUCCAUCCCUCACCCCGCCAUCGUCCCGUCAGCGGUGAAACAGGAGCCCUCGGGGAGCGGCCAGCCGGGGACGUCUGUGGCGGACGCUCAGCAGGCGGAGAGAGAAGAAGAGAAGAAGCCACACAUCAAGAAGCCGCUGAACGCCUUCAUGCUGUACAUGAGGGAGGAGAGGCCGAGGGUGGUGGCCCAGUGCAAAGUGAAGGAGAGCGCCACCAUCAACCAGAUCCUGGGACAGCGGUGGCAUUCACUGACCAAAGAGGAACAGGCCAAAUAUUACGAGAUGGCUCGUAAAGAAAGACUCCUCCACUCCAAACUUUACCCCGGCUGGUCGGCUCGAGACAACUACGGGAAGAAGAAGAAGAGGAAGAGGAGUAAGAGUGAAACUCAGCUCGAAGCUCCUGAAGAAGACUUCCCCCUGCAGCUGAAGAGACCUCGCGUUGCGCCCGAGGACACGCCUCACACACACACUGCACACACACAGCCCCGCCCCCACAUCACGCAGCCACACACCCUCUCCCACCUCACACACACACACCUGUCUCAGGCAAGCCCUGCCUCCUCGCUGGACUCCCCAGCGACACCCACCACCGCGCUGGCCUCGCCCGCCGCCCCGGCCCCGACGCACACCGAGCACACACACUCGUCGUACGGCGGACACACGUCUCCAUACGGCGAGCAGCUGCAGCCGCUCUCCCUCACCACCAAACCGCACCGGACCCCUUAUCCUCUGAGCCGCAGCAACGUCACCCCCGGACCCUCCACGCCCUCCUCUUCCUGUGACACGCCCACCGCCUCACCCCUCAUGUCCUCCUCCAGGUGUUCCCCCCCUCCCCCUCCUCCUAUGCUCUCUCAGCCCUUCCUGAUCCCGCCCCCUUCAUCGUCUCACCAAUCAGCAGCGAGCUCCCACAGUGCCUUGACCCAAUCGCAGCCCUUCUCUCUCAGAAGAACCAAUCAGCUGUGAGGCAGAGAUUUAAAGAGCCCUGAUUGGUUCGUACCUCUUUUUAACACUGUAAAUAAGCUUCUUUUUUUACGACCUUUUUAUCGCUCUGUCACGUUUUAUAUUAGUAUGAAGAAGACACAUCAUUGGUCAAUAUUUGACCGCCUCUCUAACUCCAUGUCUUUUUUUUACACACUCACUUUUUCUAAAGACUUUUUGAUGAUGAUGGACUCGUUAGUAAAACGAGGUGUGGCACCGGGUUGGUUUGUUUAAAAAAAAUCAUUUUUUCUCACCAGGUUGUACCGAGUGUGAAUCUAUUUCCUGUUCCUCCUCUGAGUUAAUAAAUAUUCACUGAGUU